CAGUACAGGAGAUGACCAGAGACUGCGGGCACAGUACAGGGGAUGACCAGAGACUGCGGGCACAGUACAGGGGAUGACCAGAGACUGCGGACACAGUACAGGAGAUGACCAGAGACUGCGGACACAGUACAGGGGAUGACCAGAGACUGCGGACACAGUACAGGGGAUGACCAGAGACUGCGGACACAGUACAGGGGAUGACCAGAGACUGCGGACAGUACAGGAGAUGACCAGAGACUGCAGACACAGUACAGGAGAUGACCAGAGACUGCGGACA